CUGAAGUUGAUGUACAACGAGAGCGUCCCUGGAUCCGGCCGGCCGAUACGCGGCUUGACACCGCGGGUGGGCGUAGCGAGUUUAGCAUAAAGGAUAGACGCGUCCGCACACCAGCCUCAGACACCAUCACAACCCCUCUACCGUCCAGACGAGGUCCCUGAAGCCGGCUUCCUGUUGGUUAUCAAGCUCGACUUCGUCUCAGAUCCAGUUUGAAAUCGACUAGUCAGUCACAGUCUAAGAUUUGCAGUUCGUGACACCGUUCAUCCCACGAAGGCAAUCUUCAGAGCAGCAGGAUGGCCCAGAGAAGCAGACUACAACUGGUGAGUUUGCUGGUGUUCGUCGGGAGCUUCCAGGUUGACGUGACCACGGCGUGUGGAGGUGAGGAGAGGGCCAGCUAUCGGUUAGAGUUCCAAGGACUAUGGAGUGAGCGAUCUUUCCCCAAGAGCUACCCGAAAUACCGCAAAAGCGCACAGUGGUCUACGCUGAUCGGGCUAUCCCACAAUGACCGCUACACCAUGUGGGAGCCGGGCCAGUUGGUCAGCCAGCCCUUCAAGGACUUUGCGGAGGGUGAGGACCCGUCCGGCAAGCAGAUGCAAAGCGAGAUGGUCAAGCUACAAAAUGGGUCUGUCUUCGCGGCCAAGUCGAUCGGCAGUGGUACUGGACGGUCUACCACCACCGUGUUUGCACACAGAGACUACACAAAGAUAUCGUUUGCAGUUCGGCUCAUCCCGAGUCCGGACUGGUUCGUCGGAGUCAGUGGCUUAGACCUCUGUGAGGGGGGCUCCUGGCGCAAGGACCCCCUGCAGUUGGAACUGCAACCCUGGGACGCAGGCACUGACGGUGGGUUCUCCUUCACCUCACCUGACUACGUCACCAACCCCCAGGAGCCCAUCACCCAGAUCACCUCGCAACGCCCCAACCACCCGGCCAACUCUUUCUUCUACCCGAAGCUGGAUGCACUGCCGCCCAUCGCCCGGGUGACACUGGUGUGGCAGCCAGUGGGCGACGACAACAGUGCCUGGAUGGACAAGCUGGUCCCCGUGGCUACGGGGCUGGACAAGGCUGGAGAAGAUGUUCAGAUGCCCGGUGACAGCCCAGAAUAUGUCUUUCCAGGGAUAGACCUCCCUACAGAGCCAGAAACAGUCAUACCCUACGACUGUGAGGUCACACCCUGGGGGUCAUGGAGCCCUUGCGACACCCUCUGCAAAGUGGGGCUGCGACGACGCUUCCGGUUGGUCAUCCAGCCGCCCAAGAACGGUGGGCGAGACUGCCCAGACCUCAUCGCCGUGGAGGCCUGCCAGGCCAAACUGACCAAGCCUCAGAAGAGGUGCUCCAAGGCCCGCAUCAAGAAGGAGAUCAAGAAGUACAUGAAGAUCCAGCGACGGAACUACAUGGGCAAGAAGAAGCGAAAUAGGUUCAUCGUCUAAAACAAACAAGAUACAGAAACUUUGCCAAUGUGUCAGUUAACACAGCUUUGACCAGGCAACUUCUGAAAUAGAGAGACUUUUUUAAAUUUCUUAUUAACUUUUUUCUCAGUUAUUGACGUCUAGUGUCUGCAGUCCGACUGGAAAAUAUUGGACACAUCAAAUCAAAACAAAUUCCAAAUAAAACAAGAGCUGUUUGGGCUGAAUUGCUGGAACAGCUAAUUAUCAGUCAUGAAUUCUUGUAAGAGCAGCAAAACAGCGGAGACAAUAGAAAUAAUUUCACUGCUUUGAAUUUUAAAGCCAACAAGAAAGCAGGCAAAUUGUUACUCCAUCCCUUAGUCCACCUAUCUUAGCUCCGAUUGAAUUUGUCGUCUUUCUGCAAACUUAACAAUUGUAGCUAGGCCCCCUAAUGGCCACAUUUUUUGUAUUUUUUGUAAAGUUUUAAAAUUUAGUGCUGAAAUUGUGGAGAUGGUGAUUGCACUUACUUUCUGUGGUCUAUCCGGCCUUCUCUUGCCCGUGCACAAGUGAAAAUGUAUAAUUUAAUGUAAUGUGUAAAUAGAUGUAUAUUCUUAAAUGUUUGUUGCGAUCGCAAUAGGAAAAUACGCCCAGAAAAACAAUACAAAAUGAUCAACAAAAAUACAGUUCUACUCCCGUGCAUAAAGUGUGGAGGAAGUUAAUGGUUCUAGUUUAAAACACACAAAUUUCAGAAAAUGACAAAGGUAUCGCACUCCAUAUGAAUUUUUAUUUACGAACUCUUCACUUUUUGAUUGAAGACAUUUUUGUCUCGCAACAGGAAAAACCCUCUGCACAUCCCAAUUCAUUCAUACA